CGAAUAAUUAACAACGCACGCAUGUUCCUUUGUGAUAUAAUGCAAAAUCAGCUGUUCGGUGAAAUCGAAUUAUAUCUGAAUCAAAACAAUGUUAAGCCAAUCAGUAACAAGAGUAAACAUGGAUUUUGCUGUUAUAUAAGCUAAAAUUAUUUUCGUUGUGCUUAAUUUUUAUUUUUCUUAUCUUAAAUAGUUGUUAUUAAUUUUAAAUUUCAAUUUGUUGAAUGAAGUUUCUAAAAUGAUAGAUUUGCAAAUUGUAUAAUUAAAGAAUUCACAGCGUUACUCAUUUACACCCACCAUGAAUUAUCUAGGAAAGUUUAUUAGUAACUUUCGACAUGUUUAUAAUGAAAUUAAUCCAGCUACCUUGACUGGAGCUAUUGAUAUUAUUGUUGUUGAACAACCAGAUGGUACUUUUACAUGUUCGCCAUUUCAUGUACGUUUUGGUAAAAUUGGUGUACUUAGAAGUAGGGAAAAAAUAGUUGAAGUAGAAAUUAAUGGAGAACCAUCAUACUUACAUAUGAAACUAGGUGAAUCAGGAGAAGCAUUUUUUGUUGAAGAAAUAUCGGAAGAAGAUAAUCGUGAAAUAAUACCUCCACACUUAGCAUGUUCUCCAAUACCAGAUGAUGAAUCGCGGAAAACUGUAGAGUAUGCUGUCAUUUCACAGUCUGAUUUAGCAGUGCCAAAAACAUUUUGUGCUGAGACUAUAGAUAAUAGAGCUAUUGAAUCUAGUUCUUUAAAAUUUCGACCAAUUGAAGAUUCUCCACCCAAACCACAAAUGCGCAAACGUCGUCGUAAAAAAUCUAUGAUCAAAAGAAAAGAUAAAGAUGAAACAAAAGUACUGAGUAAUAUAUUUGGAUCAUGUGAUCUUUCGGCAAAUAGUCAUUUAGCAGAUUCUGAUGAUCGUUCUCAAUACAAUAUAGAUAAUGACUUACAUUUUUUUAGUGAUACUGAUGCAUCUCCAAGUUCAAACACGGGAGAAAUAAGGCAUAAUUGUACAACAGUUCAGUCUGAUACUGAAUAUGAAUUUCAACAACGAGCUAGAAAUUCAGCCAUUGAAAUUUUUCUUGCAAAUUCUAACACUAAAUCAGCUGAUUUGCAAAGUGGUGUUGUUGAUCAUCAAUCAUGGCGUUGGGGAGAAUUACCUACUCCACCAGCUCGAAGAUGUAGUUUAGAUUCUAAUGAUUCAAAACUUAAUUUAGAAGAAGUAUCAAAAAAGCAAGAAGCUGCAAAUCAAAGAUCAAUGUUGGCUAAUAUGUUGGGUUUUAUGAAAAAAACAAAACAUAUUCGGCAUAAUUCAUCAGAAAAUGCUGGUAUCUAUUUAGCUGAUUUGUGUGCUGAACAAUUAGACCCUAAAGUUUUAGAUAUGUAUUUGUACAAUCAAUCUCCUCCAAGACAAGAUGAUGAAGUAAAAGUAAUUGAUUUAGUUGAAGAUGAUGAUGUGGAAUCUGGUAAAGGACCUUCUUUAUCACAUUCACCUACUAGUAUGGAUAGAGAGGGGCCAAAAUCUAUUGAUAGUGAUUUUGAUGAGAAAUUAUAUUCUAAUGUUGGAUGUGAAGUGACGGUUUCACUUUGUGGAGGAUUGAAUAAUUUAGAUAGCAUUGAAUUUACAGAAAAACAAUUUUUAGCUCAUCAAAUUAGUUAUGCAGAAUUUACGUCUGAUUUUAGUAACCUUGUGAAAAACCCCAAUCUUGUAGUAUGCAUAAAUAAAAAAUAUUAUAGUUGUCAAGAUGCAUUACCUCAGUUGAUCUCAAUAGCUGCUUAUCAGAAGUUGUUACCUCAAAAUGAAGUGUUUGAUUCUAAAGUUCAAGUAGAUAACACUAAAGUCUUAAAUAAAGGUUAUACAUCUUGGUUCAACUGGAGUAGAGCUAGAAAAGACACAAAACCAAAGGACUCAACAAAUAACACUGAAGAUAUAUUAAAAAACAGUUCCCAAAAUUUACCCAAUCAAAUCCUUCAAAAUCCUGUUAUAAAUGAAAUUAUUAAGUCUGAAAUAGAAGGUAAAAUAGAAUCUGAAAUAUCAAAUGACAAUUACAUCAGAAGACAAAGAUGUUACAGUUCAACAGAUUCUGAAUUGGAUAUGGAAACUUCUAAAUUAACCCUUAAAUCCAAAGAUAAGAAUGAAAAAUACAGAAAAACCUUACGUUUGACAUCCGAACAAAUUGGAAAACUUAAUCUAAGAGAAGGUUCCAACGAGUUGGUAUUUAGUGUUACUACUGCAUAUCAAGGUACUAGCCAUUGUAAAUGCUUCUUAUAUAAAUGGAGAUAUGAUGAUAAAAUAGUAAUUUCAGAUAUUGAUGGAACCAUAACUAAGUCUGAUGUAUUGGGUCAUAUUCUUCCUAUUGUUGGUAAAGAUUGGGCUCAAAGUGGUGUUGCAAAGCUCUUUACUAAAAUUAAAGACAAUGGUUAUAAAUUGCUAUACUUAUCAGCUAGAGCAAUUGGCCAAUCUCGAGUUACCAGAGAAUAUUUAAAAAGUAUUAAACAAGAAGACUUAUCAUUGCCAGAAGGUCCUGUUCUUUUAAAUCCAACAAGCCUAUUAAAUGCUUUUCAUCGUGAAGUUAUUGAGAAAAAACCUGAAGAAUUCAAAAUAUCAUGUUUAAAGGAUAUUCAAGCUCUCUUCCCAAGUGAUAAUAAACCAUUUUAUGCUGGCUAUGGCAAUAAAAUUAAUGAUGUUUGGUCUUAUCAAGCUAUUGGUAUACCAAUAUCAAGAAUUUUCACAAUAAAUCACCGCGGAGAAUUGAAACAUGAAUUAACCCAAACAUUCCAAUCAUCAUAUACAUAUAUGAGUACAAUGGUUGAUCAAAUGUUUCCUGUUCUUCAUGAACUACAAGAAAUUGAUUACAAUCAAUUUAUUUACUGGCGUGAACCUCUUCUAGAUUUUAUAUCUAAUCAAAAAUAUUAAGCAUUCCUUAUUUUAAAUAUAUAUAAUCAAAUAAGUAAAUAUAUUAAUGUAUAUAUAUUUAUUAUCCUUAAGAAUUUAAGUUAUUAUUUAUGACUUAAAUUUUCUAUCUUAUGGUUAAUUAUUUUUUAAAUGUUUCAUUAUAAUUAUUAUUUAUAACUAUUUUGUAUAUUAUAUAUUUUUUUAACACAGAAUAUAUGACAUAAUUUCUGUGAUAUUUAGACAUAUAUGUAACCAUUGAUUAUUAAGUUAUAAUUUUAUAUUUCUAUUGUGAUAAAAGUGUAAAUAAUAUCAUCAAUUUGCAUUA